AAAGAAGCAUCAAUAUAAUGACUCUGAUGAUGAGGCUGUGCAAAAGAGAAAGAAGCAUCAAUAUAAUGACUCUGAUGAUGAGGCUGUGCAAAAAAGAAAGAAGCAUCAAUAUAAUGACUCUGAAGAGGAGGUUGUUCUAAAAAGAAGGAAGCAUCAAUAUAAUGACUCUGAUGAUGAGGUUGUUCAAAAAAAAAAGAAACAUCAGUAUAUUGAUUCUGAGCAUGAGGUUGUUCAAAAACGAAGGAAACACCAGUAUAAUGACUCUGAGGAGGAGGUUGUUCAAAAAAGAAGGAAACAUCAGUAUAAUGACUCUGAAGAGGAGGUUGUUCUAAAAAGAAAGAAACAUCAAUAUAAUGACUCUGAUGAUGAG